AUAGGCCACACAAUCUACCAUAUCGAUAUGCCAAACAUGAUAGAAAACACAAAUAAUACAGACAAAAUAAAAGAGGGAGAUUUGGAUAAUGCCUCGUUAGCAGACCCAACACUAAUAAAAAUAAAAGAAGAGGCUUCUGCUUCUUCAACAGGGUUCGAUUCAUUAAAGUUCACCAGUAAUAACAAUGGUAAUGGAGACCCCGAAGUUGCCCUAAACGACGACGGAACUCUACAGUCUUCAACACCAAACACCGAGAACACGAGCGCAAGUGCAACCCCCACCUCGUUUGAUCGAGGGGCGGCCGCGGCUGCUGCAGCUGGUGCAUAUGGAAAACGGUAUGGCGGACGAACAGGGUUCACUAGUUAUCAGAAUGCACAACGGAUGGUGUUCGAUGGUAAGAGAAUGAGAAAAGCUAUUCAACGACGCACGGUUGAUUUUAAUUGCUCGAUAGGAAAAUAUUUGCAGCUUCUUCCACCAUCAGCUUAUCUACAUAACCCAGUAAACGCGGUAACAACAAAAUUCGUUCACACAUCGACAAAUAAGAAUCGGUAUCCUGUGUUUGUAGUACGGUGGACACCAGAGGGAAGACGACUAAUCACUGGACUUUCUAGUGGCGAGUUCACGUUGUGGAAUGGACUAACGUUUAAUUUUGAGACGAUUUUACAGGCCCACGAAUCAGCAGUCCGAGCGAUGAAAUGGUCUCAUAACGACGACUGGAUGGUUACCGCCGAUCACAAAGGGAUCAUAAAGUACUGGCAAUCGAACAUGAAUAAUUUAAAGAUAAUUAAUGGACAUAAGGAAGCAAUACGGGAUUUAUCAUUUGCCCCAACCGAUAAUAAAUUUGCUACUUGCUCAGACGACGGUACUAUAAAGAUCUGGGAUUUCAAUGAAGGUAUCGAGGAAAAUGUGUUAUCUGGUCAUGGUGGAGACGUGAAAGCAGUUGGCUGGCAUCCAUAUAAAGCAUUACUCGCAUCCGGUGCUAAAGAUAAUUUAGUAAAAUUCUGGGAUCCUAAAAGCGGGAAAAAUGUCGAUACUUUACACGGCCACAAAAACACAAUUGUCGGCCUUCAAUGGAACAAGAAUGGUAAUUGGCUUGGUACGGCGGCACGAGAUCAACUUAUAAAAGUUUACGAUAUUCGAAUGAUGAAGGAUUUACAGACGUUCAGAGGGCAUAAGAAGGAAGUCUGUUCAAUUUCGUGGCAUCCAUUUCACGAACAACUUCUUGCUACCGGUGGAUCUGAAGGUUCAUUAAUGUUCUGGAUAGUCGGACAAGAUGCAGGACCAAUCGACUCGGUAGAAUACGCACAUGAAAAUAACGUCUGGUCACUCGAUUGGCACCCACUAGGCCACAUACUAGUAUCAGGUUCGAACGAUCACACUACACGAUUUUGGACUCGACCGCGUCCCGGUGACUCGGUACAAGAUAAAUUCCAUGUGGGUAAACAGAAAGCCGAGGAAUUGGGAUUAAAAGACGUCGAUGUAGAGGAAGAAGAUGAUUUCGUGCCUGGACUCACAUUUAUUAAUGCACCUGGUAUGAACACAUAUAGUCCUCCGAUUGGACACUAUCAACAAUAUCCAUUACCACCUCAACAACAGCCUCCGCCACAGCAAACAUAUCAAGAUCAAUCGCGUGGAAUGUAUCAAAGACCACCGCCACAAGCUAUACCAGGAUAUCAGCAGCAACCUCCACAACAACAGCCGUCAUAUCAGCCAUUGCCACAGCAUCAGCCUGGAUUGCAGCAACAAUUUCGAAAAAAGCAAGACCUCAAAAAAUCUAUAGUGGAUUACCAUCAGCAGCAACAACAGCAGCCUGGAGGAUCCGGAACAACAGAAUCUAAUACUAUAAAUAAUGACCUGCCGAAUCUUUUACCCUCUUCAGAUUUUCGAACUUCGCUCAUCCUUCCUACGUUAACGAAACGGUUUAGUGUUUUAAGACGUGGUGAAAAUCAACAGCAGCCAAAUGGUGUUGAGAAUAAUAGCAGUCAUAUUGACAACAACAGCAACAACAAUAAUAAUAGUAGUAGUAGUAUAUCGCAACUUAAGAAUUCUGAAGAUACUUCUACAACGAUUAGUACUACAACUUAUAUUGAUACUCCUGACACAUCAACAACAAUAAAUUCAACAAUCCCUCCGCUACCAUUAUCACAAAUAUCUUCAAAACAAGGAUGGGAAGAUAAAGAUACGAAUAAUCUCGAAAUAAUAACUCUACCAUCGUCACCUGCACCCUCAAAAAAGAGUUUUAAUACUAUCUCUAUCACUUCCUCUUCUUCAUCAAAAUCACGUUCGCCAUUGAGUAACGUUGUGGAAUAUAUCGAGGAUGAUUCCGCGUCAAUUUCUUCAAUGGCAUCUUACACACCACCUUCUUCUGUCACAACUUCAAUGUCGUCAUCACUACAUAACGAAUUUAUUAAUUCACGGAAAUCUUAUUAUAAUAGUGGUGCAACUCAAUCACCACCCUUACCUCAAUCACCACCCCUACCUCAAUCACCACCUCUAUCAUCUCUGUCACAGUCAAAUCAAGAACCAAUUAUUACUAAUGUUUCAGAUCCAAAUGUUAAUGACAUCGAGAAAAAUGAAAAUGAUGAAAUCGACAAAUCAACAUAUGUGAAUAGUAAUUUCAAUAAUAACGAAUCAUUGCAAAAAUCGUCAACAAAUAAUAUACUAGAUAUGAGAGCAAGAAAACGACAAUCUGGUCUAUUAGAACAUCUGACAAAAGAUCGUCCAUUCCCGCCGAAAUCACGAAAACCCUCAAUAUCUCAACUUCCUGGUGAUUCAGGGGAAACAAAACAACAACAGCAGGAAGAACAGCACAUACCAUUGCCAAUUAGAUUGCCUGAGGCUUUUCAAUCUCAAUGUACGGUAGUUCCUUGUGUAUCCGAAUCUAUACUAUCACCACCACUCCCUCUUUCCCCUCUUGAUAAACUAUCUCAAGGGCUCAUCAGACUCUCACAACAGCAGCAACAACAAUCCGGAUCUCACCAAUCUUUGACAGUUCGAUCUGCUGCUUUUGAUCGAAAUCCCUCUGUUUCCGCCAAAUUUGCUAAUGAUUCUAUGUCUUCUGCCAUGAGUAUGAUGCAGACUUCAAUGCUGUCGAUGAAUUCUAUUGAUGAUAAUGAAUAUAAUACUUUUAAGGAUGGGGGAUCAUUUAUUUCGAAUUCUGAUAAUUAUGUAGUGUAUAAUCCAGCGGCAGCGCAUAAGGAGCAAACAGAUCGGUCACAGAUUCAGCAGAACCCACCUAGUCAUAGAGCUAUACCAAAUAAUUCUAAUGUAUUGACUGAUCGUUCUUCUACUGGAUCAUCAAUAGGGAGAUCGUUACAGCGCAUUAAACAAGUGAAUAAUAAGAUGCAUACCACGACUGGCUUAAGUGGUAGUGGUGUUAGUGGUAUUAGUGGUAUUACAACAUCAUCACCUCAUCCAAUAAAAAAAGAAACCGUCAAACGUUCUUCACGCAGUAAUAAAAAACCACCCCCUGCAAAACCACAACCACCAAAACAAUCUCUUACCGACAUACUAAUCGCAUCCGGACAAGCAGAUAUCGCGCAUCAAGUAUUAGUAACGAGACGCGCACGAAAUUCCUCAUCGAAUGACCCUACUCCGUCGCCCAUUCCUCAGUUCAAUAAACAACCACUACGAAGACCUAAAAAACAUAUAGCCCUAAAGGAUAUUUCCACGCCACAUCUUGUAUCUAGCUCUUCGAAUGUGAAAAGUGUUCCGAUUGUUCAUUUGUCGCGUGAAGACGAUAUACAGAAUAGCGGCCCAAAUGGUAAUUUUCGAAGAAAAUUCUCGUUGCGAGAUUCUGAGUCGAGCCUUGGGAAAAAAUUCUCGAGAAAGCUCAAAGAUGUAUUCAGUCAUGAUCACGAAGUGACAAAAAAUGGCAAGAAGCAAAAAAAAUCGUUGACACCUAAUUCUUCUAGUGAGAAUUUACCGAGAAAAUUUAUUUCCGAUGAAAAUUUGAGAAAUCGAUAUAAUCGAAAGACACAUAAUGGUACCGAAGACAAAACAACAAUCGAUAGUCAUCACAGUGGUCGCAUAGAAAACGUUAAUAAUCUUGCGUACCUUGUAAAUACUAAUAAUAACACGACACUCUUGACAGAUAUACAGCCUGAAAUAUCAGAAAAAAGUAGGGUAGUUCAUAAUGAUAUAAACAACUAUGAAGUUCCUUUGUCGCAAACUCUAUAUAAUAAGAGUAGGUGGGUUGUAAGCGAUUCAGAAUUAGUAAAAGAUCCGAGUCGUAAUAAAAAUAAAAUUCCGAAAAAGAGUGAAUCGUCAGAUAGGCUGGCGCCUUUGUAUGAUAUUGAUGGUAUUAAACGACAUGCAGAAAUGGUGACAAAAUAUUCUAGUGUCAAAAAAACAGGAUCAGAAACACGAACAUCUUCUCAAUCGGAAACUUCUCGAGAUUCAUCGUCGAACAAACGGAAUGAGACAAUACAAGAACCAACAUAUGCUGAAAAUAUCACGCAAAAUCCAUUACCACUGAAACUUAGUGUUGAGAUACCUCAGUCGCAACCAAUUCAAAAUCGAUCACGAGAUACUUUUGGAUCAGACAGUUUAUCGAGUCCAUUAUCGCCAUACAGUCCAACCUCUAUCGUAAGCGAUCCAACUUCAGGUAGAAUAUCACCGCCACCAAUUGCACCACGUAAUCCACUUCGUGGUAGUUCAACUCCACAGAAUAGUCUUCGCCUUCAGUGGAAUCAACUUGCAGAAUCAAGAUCCAGUCGUAAUAAUUCUGUGAAGAGUAAUCGUACAUCGGAUGGAGGUGACAAACGAGGAUCAAGAGGUUCUCGUCUAUUGUCAAUUUUCAAUAGUGGAAGUGGAAAAGGUUUUGGCGUCAGCAGCAAAAAUAAACGAACUAGCAAUAAUACCACUGAUUCUAUCACUGAUAAACGUAAUAGCGAUGACAUUAGUGAAAAUAAUAAUAAAUCGGGUAAUAUUCCAUCAAACUCCACAAAUGGAAACAAAAAGCCCAGAAAUAAAAUUAUCCGUCGAACUAUUAUCAUCACAAAGUCAUCUCUACCGCCGUUACCUGAUGAAGCAAAUGAAUCAGGAAUAUCAGAAAUUGGUCGCGCUGAAGCCACCGUUGCGAUAAAAUUGGCACACCGAGCUAGUCGGCAAGCUUCGCUACGAAAGAAAAAGAUUGAUCUAGACGGUGGAGUACAUGUUGGUUCGAAUGGUAAGAAAUGUGAUAAUGAUUCGACCGGCAAUAAUAGUGACAGAAAAUCUACUGCAUCAGAAACGAAUAAUAGCAGUAAUGAUAAUAGUGUGGACUCUUCAAAAUUUCUCGCUGUGCCGAUUAAACGAAAAUUAAUCGAUCGACCUCCGACUCCAAUACCAUCGCCCGGCUCUCGGCAAAGUACCUUGGAACCUCCGUAUGGAAUCCCAAUACCACCCAUCCCCAAUAAACGCGAUAGUUUUCUCUCAUUGAAAGCUCCAUUAUUCGCUAAACGAAGUAGCAAGGCAAGUAUGUCAUCCACAUUAUCAUCUGGAAGUCGUAAACGUAAAUCAAUGGGCGGUAAAAGUGUACACAGUUCAUAUGGCGAAAGUCUAUACGAUUAUUAUGACUAUUCCGACCAAGAAGGUGCUGAUGAUGAAGGGGAAGAUAUUGAAGAUGUACAAAAUAAAGAACAAAAUCAGGAAGAACAAACUAAAAUUGGUGAAUCAGUCAAUUCAGACAUUAAUCAUCAUGUUGAAGCAGAUGAAAAUUACGAAGAAAGUGAUCAAGAAUAUCAAAAACGAGAAUCCAUAUCCGUAUACGAUGAAGAAGAGCUAAUAGAUCCAGGCACAAUCGUACCAAUAAAUUUUAAUGAAAGAGAUUUGGUCGAAAAGCUAGAGAAAGAGGAGCACGUAGAACUAUUAGAAUUGGACGACGGUUCAUUGAUAUGGCAAGUGGUAAAUGGACUCCGCGGGGAUGACAUGGCAAAUCGGUAUAGCUACUUCUAUAAUGCCGGUGACGAGGAAGAGUAUAACGACUCGCAGAUGUGGGCAAGAGAACUUGGCGCAAGUGACGAUGAGGAAAUGAUGGAAUCAGAAUUACGAACACUUGAUUCUCAAUUAAAUAGUUUUGAUUAUCGCCAAGGUGGUUACCUGAAUUCAUUACCCGGUAUACAGCCAUCUUCAAUACAUAACAGUAGUAUUAAUCGUAGUUCUAAUCGAGUUUUACAUGAACAAUGGACACAUUCUACCGGUUCAACUUCCUCUUACGAGGAUGGUACAAACAUUAUACCGCGAACUAGUGUCUAUAUAGCAAAAGAUGUUCCUUUGCCGCGACUGUUAGAAGAAAUGACUAAAGGGCUGGGAAAUGUUGACUUAGGUUGGGGGGUUGGUGGAUAUAGUUAUGACGGCGAAAUUACUGAUGAAGAAAAAAGAUUUGAAGACGUUAAUGAUGACGGCGUUAUUAGUGUUAGUGGGAUUGGUAUGACUGUUGAAGAAAAACUGGAGCAAGUAAUGAGAGCUUUGGGAGUUGAAGAUAGGGAUGCAUUUACCAUGGAGUAA